AAAUUAUCCCUCAGCUGGACGCUUCAACUAGUUCCACACUGAUCACCGUCAUGUCCGCUAGCAAACCCAAAGUACUUUUCCCGGCAUACUUGAACGAAGCGCUUGUUCGCGAGGCGCUUGAAAGUGGCCUGGAGUAUCCGGCGCGCACCAGUGUCAAUAUCGAUCAGUUCAUCGUGCGAACGGCAACUUCCGCGGGCGAUAACUAUUUGAGCGAUGUAUUUCGUGUGUGGGUUCGCUUCAGCCGGAAAUCGGGUCUGGACCGCUUGGAAGAUGAAAUUUCGUUGAUAGUGAAGUGUAUGCCUGAUACCGGAUUUCGGGGACCCGUGAUCGGAAUGCUCAACGCGUACGAAAAAGAAGUCUACAUGGUGCGGAACGUGGUUCCUGAACUGUCCCGUUUGAUGAAUGGAGAGAAAUUCGCUGCCAAAAUAUUCUACGCAACUACCGACCCAAUUCGGAUGAUCAUCUUCCAAGAUCUGAAAGUCCUGGAAUUCACAAUGGCUGAUCGUACCCUGGGAGGCCUAGAUUACAGCCACUGCAGCACAAUAAUGCGUAAGAUUGCCAAAUUUCACGCUGCUUCGAUGUUGUUGGCCAAUAGCAACAAGCCAAUGGCCGCUGAGCUAACGAAACGCCUAGAAUACGGUUUCCUAAAUCCACAUAUUCCCUUGGAGGACAAUACAAUGCUGGACAUUUUGGCCAACGGUUUAACAUCGCUGGUAACGUGUGCGGAAAAGCAUUGGACUGGUUUUAAUCCGAAAAUCGUAGCUAAAUUGAAACGUAUGAUGCCACACUAUAAAGCUCGUAUCCAGUCUUGCCUGAAUCAGAAAUUUUCCAACGGUUAUAAAGUCGUUAACCACGGGGACUUGUGGAUCAACAAUAUCCUGUUCCAGUACGAUGCCAACGGAAGCCCAAAGGAUGUUAUGUUUGUUGAUUAUCAGCUGAGCUGCUACACCAGCCCAGGGAUAGAUUUGAACUAUUCGCUUGUGAAUUGCCCUACCUACGAAGUGCGGGAGAAUCGCCGAGAUGAGUUGGUAAACGUAUAUCAUACAACAUUGAAGGCGAUUCUGAAAGCUGCAGACUACCGGGAUGUUCCAACAUUGGAGGACGUCCGGAAUGAGAUCAGGAGAAUGAGCUUCUUUGGUGUCAUUGCAGCGGUCUCCAUUCUUCCGAUCGUAAUGAUGGAUACCUCAUCAGGUGUGGACAUUAGCUUCGAUGCUUUGGUGGACGAACAUAAAGCGGAUCAGUUGCGUUUGUUGCAGUACAAUGGGGAGCGGUACCGGAAAUCUAUGAGCGUAUUGCUGGAAAGAUUUGAUCGCGAGGGGCUACUCGAUUAAGUUACGAAUGGCUUUCGGUGCUGGAUAAUUGUCGGAUGUAGAGACAGACAACCUAUCAUUCACGCAAAACGAUCACCUAUCAUACAGAUGUGACAUAGCACAAUAUCAUCAACGAUAACUACAUCGUUGAAAUGAUAUAAUGAUGAUUCACAUUUGCAUCCAUUUGAGGCGAAACACAUAACAGCUCUGCUAAUAUUUGGAAAUGAUUUAUUACACGGUAAAUACUUUCGAUUGCAAAAAUUAAUUAGUAGCAAUUGAUAUUUUUUAUGAUUGCAAUUCAUGCAAAUACAUAGGGAAAGCACUAAUUUUCAACCUACGAGAACUCUGUGCAAAUAUUCGGUUUUUCAUACAUAAUAGGUCAAGAACGUAUAAAUGAGUCGAAAACUAGAGCUAUGUCGAUGAUUGGUGAUCUUCCCCUACCAAAGUGUU